AUGUCCACACAGCUACCGCAAGUCCUUUCGCGGAGGGCCAACGGACAAUCCGGCGGCGCAACCGGCCGGCCGUCUGACCAGAUCAGGAUGAGACAGCGAGUGAAGGCAUCACAGGUCUGUGGCGACCAGUCUUUCGCCACGCAUCAGAUCCCGGCGUCUGACAUUCAAGUUGAGCAGGUCAAGGACAAUGACGCCGCUGGUCACAUCUCAAAACCCGCCAAGGGCAGGGGACAUACUGACAGACGAGGAGGGGCAUCCAAAAGUGCGAAUGAUGGGGAGGGGCCACCAAAAGCCGCACGAUCCAAGCCUCAAAAUGAAGGAGAAAAAGUGGUGGUUCGGCGUUUGCCGCCAGGUAUGACCAAGCAGGAAUUUAUUUCUAUUGUCGGACCAGAGUGGGAGGUCUCCAGGGGCAAAGUCGAUUGGUUCUCCUACGUUGCUGGGAAAAUUUCCACCGACCCCUCGAAACCUUCUCGUCCUGGUCGGGCGUACCUUCAUUUGAUGCGCAAGGAUGACAUCAUGCCCCUCAGCGAGAUUGUACGGAACGCGACAUGGGAGGAUGCAAAAUCAACAUUCACCAAUCCGUCAUUGGUCGGCCCGCCCGUAUUGGAGUUUUCAAUUUACAAAAAGGUCCCAGGCUUGAAGAAGCGCACGGAUGCCCGACAAGGCACCAUUGAUCAAGACCCUGAAUUCAUGGCUUUCCUUGAAGGCCUGGCCAACCCCGCACCACUGAGAGAGAGCAUCGACGUCGAGGAUGCCGAAGACUCUGCCAAGGUCGACAUCAAAGUCACCACCCCUCUAGUCGAGUUUUUGAAAGAAAGGAAGGCCAGCAAGGGCAAGGACGGAUCCGGCAAGAACUCCAAGCCUGGAAAGGGAAAAGGUGGUGCCAAGGACGAUGACACUUCGGGUAGGAAGAAGGGCAAGGAGUCAAGGACGGAGAAGCACGACAAGACGCCCAAGGAGACCGUCAAGAUCCUUACUAAGAAGGCAGCCGCCGAGCAGGCAGCAGAAGGGGCGAAGAAGGCGGCGAGUCAAACUGCAACCUCAAAUGCUUCUACUACUACAGCUGCAGCAGCCACUGAUGCGCCUAAAAGCCGACGUGCUGGAAUUGCUGCCGCUGCUAGGAUUUUGCAGCGCGAUCUUGGCCUCAGCCCUGGCAGCGCACAUAGAAGAGCACGCCACGAUGCUGCCAAGGCCGAUACCAAAGCAGCAAGCUCUUCAGUCAAGGACGACGACGGUGCAGCCUCAGACGUCACUAAUACUGCCAGUGCUACAGCAUUGGCAUCAGGUCCCGCCAAGGCCACAAUCCUGGCGACGAAAACUGGUCCCGACAGCCCAGUCGCCUCAAAGCCCCAGCCUGGACGGAGAAAUCGUGGCGGCAAGGGUGGUGCCGAGAAGAGUAAAUCAGCAGCUAACGAGGCCUCUGGUUCACGACCAGCGGCGACCAACCCUCCCGUUAUCUUGAAGAAGAGGAAGGACGCCGAAAACAGCGAGAGGCCUGCCGAGUCCCGGGCCCAGGCCUCUGGGCCAGCGACGACGAAUGGUAACGGCAAACAGACGGCCAAAGAAAAAGCCGACGGCAAGGCAGCCUCGCAAAAGAAGUCGUCUCCAGUCUCGGCAAAUGCAACCCGCGCCUUCGUCAAGCAUGCCAAUGCUGCCCAGGGAGUGAACGAUGCAACACUUCGAGAAGCUCUGGGCGCAUUCGGAGCCAUUACGCUUGUCGAGGUUGACAAGCGCAAGGGCUUUGCCUAUGUGGACUUUUCCGAGCACGACGCUCUGGUCAGGGCUGUGGCUGCCAGCCCUGUUCAGGUCGGCCAGGCCAGCGUACAGGUGCUCGAGCGGAAGGAUAAGAAGCUUGCUGCCGCUGCCGCGACGCCGAGCUCUCCAGCAAAGGAUGGCCAGGCACCAAAUGGAGAGAGGGAGAGGGAGAAGUCAUCUGGCGGUCGAGGUCGACGAGGACGCGGCGGCGGCGGCAAAACUGCCGCCGACACAACAAAUGGCCAGGCAGCUGCAGGUCCCACCCCCGCAAGCACCGGGGGUUGA